ACCGAGAGUCGUGGCUUACAGAAGAGAUGGAAUGUGGUCUGAGGGACGUUAUGACUAUGAACGACUUCCAAGAGAAAGGGGACCUCCUCGGAAUCACCCCAGAGAUGAAGCUGGCUAUAGAUGGACCAGAGAUGACCAUUCCAUAAGCCGACAGCCUGACUACCGGGACAUGAGGGAUGGCUUUAGAAGAAGAAGUUUCUAUUCUUCCCAUUGUUCAAGAGAGCAGUCUCCUCAUAAAAGAGAUGCUCCUUUUUUCAGAGACUCGCCUGUAAGCCGGAAAGACUCCCCGCACAGCAGAUCUAGCUCCAGGGUCAGCAGUAGAAGCUAUUCUCCAGCAAGAAGCAAAGCGUACACUUUCCAUCAAUCUCAGCACAGAAGUAAGGAGAGACCCUUCCAGUCUUUGAAAACAUCCAGAGACACUUCACCCUCAAGUUCUUCAGCAGUUUCUUCAUCAAAGGUGUUAGAUAAAUCAAGCAGGCUAACUGAGAAGGAACUUAGUGAGGCUACAAGCAAAUGGGCUGCUGAAAAACUAGAAAAGUCAGAUGAAAAUAAUUUGCCUGAAAUUUCCAAGUUUGAGACGGAAUCCAUGGCACCCUUGUUUAUUGAUCAGACAGGAGAACCCGAGGGGAACACAGUGGAUGGCACAGAGUUGUUUGAAGACAGCCAGUUGACCAGUCGCUCUAAAGCAAUAGCAUCAAAAACCAAAGAGAUUGAACAGGUUUAUCAACAAGAUUGUGAGACUUUCGGAACGGUGGUGAAGAUGCUGAUUGAAAAAGAUCCUUCAUUAGAAAAAUCCAUACAGUUUGCACUGAGGCAGAAUUUAAAUGAAAUAGGUGAGAGGUGUGUGGAAAAACUCAAACAUUUCAUUGCAGAAUAUGAUAGUUCUACUCAAGAUUUUGGAGAGUCUUUUUAGGAGAAUUAGUGUUGAUGCCAAAAAGAAGUUUAUAGGU